CAGCCGUUAGCGAGCGAGGGCGCGCGCGAGAGAGAUAUUCUUGUUUUCUAUUUACAUUUAGAUAUGCCAUACUCGGUUGUGAGAAAACCCAGGAUAAUCCAUGCGGGGCCUCAGCCCGCCACAACUCGGGGCAUAUUGUGGGGCGGUGAUCAUGAUGAGAGUGGAGCAAUGGGUAAAGAUGGGCUGGGGGGGCAGAGGGUCCCAGUUAAAGGCAUGGGUAAGGGUCCAGGUGUGGGUAAAGGUACAAAUACAGGUAAGGCUACAACAAUAAGCGCAGAUAAGAACAUCGGUGAAAGCAAGGUUAUAAGUACAGGUAAAGAUACAGCAGGUGUAGGCAAGGGCUGCACUACGGUCUCGCGGAGAUAUGUUGCCACCCAUCAAAAAUCAACUCCACAGAAGUCAGCUCAAAAAACAAUACACAGUUAUGGUGCAUAUUCUGUAACUGUGCCAGACAAGAAGAAGUGGAGUGAUCUACAGAAAAAAGCAGAUGCAGAAUUGGCUGCAUUGGACAAGUUGAAACGUCGGAAUAAUGGACAUGUUUCUAUUACUCCAAGCACUGUUGGAGGUACACUGACACAAGAAGAAGUUAGAAGAAGGCAGCAACAGGACUUCAAUAAGGCGAAAAUGGCACAGCCUGAACUAAGUGGACAGCAAAGCCCAAAAAAUGAAACCUGAACCGAAUCUGUGGAUCUUGCAUUCAGCUUCAAGAAAACACCCGACCAAAUGUGAAUAGAAUCUCAAAACCAAUCAAACGUAAAGGCAUAACCAUUGAUGUAACACAGGGCAGUGUUUCUUUUUCCAGCUGCAUUUGAAGACUCCCUUUAUCUCCUUGUGAGGUGAAAAAAAAAUCUUGAAUUUAUAUAGAGCCUUUAUGUCCUUUUCUUAGCACUAGCUUUCAGGAAAAAGUUGCAAAUGCUGUUUACAUUGCUGGUUGUAUUAUUGCCUGAACGAGCAGCAUUUUCCCUGUCUUCCUUAUAAAGUAAUGUAUCCUGUUAUAUUCAGUAGUUUGUGUCAUCAGUUCAGAGCUGCUUGAAUUAUGUUGUGAUGAGGAUUCCUAAAACAUUCUUUUUUAACAUGAGUUUCAAGUUUUUUUUUUAAAUUGCUUGUUUAUACGUCCCAAAAAGCUUACUGAGCAUUCUAUCUGAGCAAACAGGCUAAGCAAAAUAUUUUGUGCACAUAUGUGAAAUCAUUUCAUCAAUGCAACUUUAAGCUUCACACACACUCACCACCAAAGAGUCAUGUGCUAACUAAUAGCAAAGUAAACUGAUAGGUCAAACUUUUAAUGUUGCACUACAAUCCCUUUUUGUUAUAAAUGGAAAUAUUAUCUGUUUACUUUGGCUUUUGUUUGCCCUUUAUGUUCUACUGCUGCUUUAGAAGUAUUCUAGGUCAGACCUUUACACAUAAUGUACCUUGUAUGCUGUAAGGAGUGGCACCAUCGAUACUGCAUCUUCUUGAUGUGUCUCCUGUUUAUAAUUACAUAGAAUGUCAUUUUAACAAAAUUUUAGUCAGUUAAUUUAACACAGAAUAGAGUUUGCACUGACUGCUUAAAGUUAUGCUGCGUUUCCAUCCAUGGUUAUACUUGAUGCCAUCCUUGUUGAAGUUGAUCCACAAGCAUUAAUAAUGGUGCGGUACACUGUUGUCAAAAUGUAACAAAAGAUACAGUUACAUACUCCUGGGUACAGACCUUAGCUCUACUGCUAAGCAAUAUAGUAAGACCACUGAUAACUUGUCCCUUGAAAGUUCUGUAUCCGCAUCAUGUUUAAUCUGAUUCCCUGACUAACAUUUAGAUUAAAUUGGAAUCUAAUGUAUCUAUGCUGUAUAGAGGGUGAGCUGCAAGAAAGUAUGUGUGGGUUUUUAUGUGAAAACAUUUGUUUUCUAUCAUAGAAAUAUUUUUAUAAAUAUAAAGUCAUUUCUAAAAUUGUUACUUCUAAAGCCAAACUGGAAUCUUUGGCAAUCGCUCACCUUCUUUCCCUAAGUUGUAGAUCUGUAUCUUUUAAAACUAUUGCUAAUCCAACAACAAUAGUGUUGUUUAAUAAGAGUCAGAUAGCAAACUUGAGUCAUUUCAAAGACAUUUCAAAGUUUCAGCACAAAAACUGCAGCAAAAAACAUAAUUUCAGAUCGAAAGCAGGAGUUAUUAUACAACUUAUAAAUAUAUUAGGAUAAUAGAGAAAACCGUAACUGUUUGAAAGUUGAAAUGGCAAAUGCUUUCUCGUUGUUGUAAAAACCCAGCUGAUUUCAAGUAAAUCUGUCAUCCUUACCUGGUCCGGUGUACAUGUGACUCCAGACCUCUAGCAAUGUGGUUGACUCUUAAAUGCCCUCUGAACUAGG